AUGAGUUUCUACGAUAACGAAAUCUUCAAUAAUUCCGUCAACGACAACAAAGUCAACGACAAAAAAUCCAAAUCGACGCUACAUCAAAUCAAGAAAUUGAUCAAGUGCGUCUUGAAGACAAACAACUUGAAGAAAAACACGUACGCGAAAAAUCCGCGGCCGAAUUGUUGUUUCGACGAAGAGAUCGCCGAUAAUUUGGCGAACGAGAUUUUGGAAAACGAGAUUUUCGAAGAUAUCGAUAGUUGCGAAGAAUACGCCGCCGUGGAGGUGUACGAAGACGGGGAAACUAAUUUACUGCCUGUCGUUCGAGGUCAGAGAUAUAUUCCCGUACAUUUCGUCAGAACGGACGCCGGGACUUUCUUCUGGACGUCGAUCGCUACGCCAGACGCCGAUAUCUGCUGCCGAGGGGAUAAGAACGCCAUCUGCAAUUACCAGGUACCUCAAAGGCAAGUACCUUGCGACAGAUGGGCCCAAGCCUGAUCGCUCGACGUUUUUCCGGAAAAUGGUUCUGUCUGUGAUGUCCCAGUGCCUUUUGAAAGACUUAUUUGUGAUGGUAUUUGCUCAAUUUUACGACUGAUGUCGAAUGUGAUAUAAUUUUUUCCUUUUUUUUUUUAAACAGAUUCUAUAAUUGUGAUAAAAGCUUUAAUUUUUUUUUGUAUCUUUGUAUAAUCAUGUCUUCCAUUUUUAUGUAAUAAAUAAAUUUAUUUUAAGAUUAUUUGUUUCGUUUUUUUUUUUUAUUUAUAAUUCAA